AUGGCAGCCACGCGGCUGAACAGCCUUCAUCAUGGGGGCCCGCUUUACUCCCAGGUUCUGGUGGUACGGAAGGCGAGCCUCGUGUUUAUUACCACCAGGGCGGACAACCAGUCACUGAUAAACACCGUCGCUGCCAACAUGCCGGGAUAGGAGCUGGCGAAUGGCGCUACCUAAUUUCCCUGGAUGCCGU